AGCAAGCUGGAGCACCCUUGGGAGACACAGAGGGGGCUUUAGUGUGCGCAAUCAGGGAUGUCAAAAGCUUCCAGGCUGGUCAGACCCCACUCCAAGCUGCCGUCUCCGAGGAAGGAAUGCCCCGGAACGGCCAGUCGAUCGCGGGUGGGGGAGAAGCUGAUGAGGGCAGGUAGCGAUGGGACUGCGAACAGGCAAAAGUCGCUGACCGUUGCCGUGACGAUGGACAAGGGGCAAUGUGAGAGUGAGAUCCAAGCAUCCAGUCAGGAGGAGAGGAGAGAGGACAUGACAGUUCCAAAGAGCAAGAUCAGUCCACCAAAAGUGUCCAGUCAGCAUGGAGGCACCUCUAACAAGCAAAGCAAGAGCAACCUGAAGGUAACUUCCCUUGACGACAGCGAGCAGGUGAGCCGCAGGCAGCCGUCCCCCAACGGGAGCCACCCAUCCAGCAGGGAGCGAGAUGCUAAGAUCAGCCGGACCCUCCCGCGCAGACACACAGUAGGAGGUGCGCGGGGGUCCAAAGAGAUCCUCGCCAUGCAGCCGUCCGACAUGGACAAGAAGAGGGAGGCCUUCCUGGAGCAUCUCAAGCACAAGUACCCCCACCACGCAUCAGCCAUCAUGGGCCACCAGGAGAGGCUACGUGAGCAUAGCAGAAGCCCGAAGCACGGCCCCAGCCCUCAGCCUGGAGCAGGGGACCAGGUGGACCACAUCUCCCUGGCCUCGCUCGACUCACUGGAGGCCAUGUCUGAGGGAGACACGCCCAGCGCCUUCACCCGGGGCAGUCGGGUUCGGGCCAGCCUGCCUGUGGUACGCUCCACCAACCAGACCAAGGACCGCUCACUAGGUGUGCUGUACCUGCAAUACGCCGACGAGACCAAGCAGAUCCGCAUGCCCAACGAGGUGACCAGCAUAGACACAGUGCGCGCUCUGUUUGUCAGUGCCUUCCCUCAGCAGCUCACCAUGAAGAUGCUGGAGUCGCCCAGUAUGGCCGUUUAUGUGAAAGACGACAUGAGAAACGUCUACUACGAGCUGUCAGACGUCAGAAAUAUCACGGACCACUCCUGUUUGAAAGUGUACCACAAGGACCCAGCUCAGGUGUUCAACCACGGAGCCAGGCCGACCAAUGGGGAUGCCAGGAUGCAUGGGGACAUGGUACAUCCUGGCCCACACCCUCUAAGGCAGCCACCCAUGGGACCACCCCCACACCACCCGAUGCAGGGAGCUCCCCCCACCCCUCACUCCAUGCCCCCUUCCCCCUCGAGGAUCCCUUUUGGCCCACGACAGAGCUCCCUGCCCAGCAGCGCCACUAUGCCCAGGGACAGACUGUCUAAUGCCAGCGCCACGGUGCGCUCUAUCUCGCCCUGCCCCAGUGCUAUCCUGGAGAGGCGGGACGUGAAGCCCGAUGAGGACAUGCCCAGUAAAAGUCACACUCUAACCCGGGGGGGAAGUGAGGGAAUAUAUGCAGACCCUUACAUGCUGGCUAAUGCCCAUGGACCACACCCCAGUCCUGGUCUGGAUGGUCCUGAGCAUGAUAUGAGGUCAUUCCACCGUGCUUCUAUUCGCUCCACUGGCUCUUAUAGUGGCCCCAGCCCCACAGACACCAUAGACCACCCUUCUCUAUACAGACAGAAGUCCAGAAACAGCCAACUGCCUACUUUGGGCUCCAAGACGCCUCCCCCGUCCCCCCACCGCAUGGCUGAAGUACGCAUGAUUGACAUCCAUGGACCUCCACAUGGAAUAUCUCCACAUGGAAUACCACCACAUGGAAUGCCCCCUCACGGAGUACCCCCUCAUGGAGUACCCCCUCAUGCAGUACCACCCCAUGGGGUACCACCUCAUGGGGUUCCCAUGGAGAGGGGCUCACCUGUGCGCCAGUCUUUUAGGAAGGAUGAUGGAGCAGGCCCCAAGGCCCGGGCCAACAUGGGUUCCCCAGUGAUCGCAGAGGUCCCAAGUCACCCUCAGGGUCCCAUCCCUGCAGCUAAUGACAAACAGACACGAGAGCGAAUGAAGGCUAUGGAGCAACAGAUUGCCAGCUUGACUGGUCUUGUUCAGCAUGCACUUUUAAAGGGCCCAAAUACUAGUGGCACCAAGGAGUCUAUAAGCGAGAGACCACCAAAGACAUCCUCCCCUGCUCACAGCGUUCACAGCUCCAGUGGCUCUCCAGUGUUGGCCCCUAAGACCCCCACAGCCCCAACGGACAAGGCCCCCAUAAAAGUCAACCUCCUGCAGUUCAGGAAGAAUGUCUCUGACCUUAGGAUGCAGCUCCAUCAAAUGAGACAGCUCCAGCUCCAGAACCAGGAAGCGCUACGACUGCAGCUGAAGAAGGCCGAGCAGGAGAUCAACAUAAAACUAACAGAAGCCAUGCAGCGCGCAGACGACCCGGUGCAGAAGCAAAGAACUAUGGUGGAAGAAGAUCGCCACAAGUAUCUAACACUAGAGGAGCGUGUUCUCACACAGCUCAGUGAGCUGGAGCAGUAUGUGGGCUCAUUGCAGAAGGACAGCAGUGGGACCCAGCGAACAGUGACCCUAAAAGAUGUGGAGGAGGGGGCCGUCACUCUCAGGAAAGUGGGAGAGUCACUGGCUGGCCUCAAAGGGGAAUUUCCAGCUCUUCAGACCAGGAUGCGGGCUGUGCUGCGAGUGGAAGUGGAGGCGGUGAAGUUUUUGAAGGAAGAGCCUCAUAAACUGGACAGCAUGCUGAAGAGGGUCAAAACGCUCACAGACAUACUCAGCGGACUCAGGAAAGGUGCAUCUGAAAACCCUCAGAAGACACCUGUUGUCACUAAUAAUCCAGCAGACAGUAGCCCCCUUCCAGCUGAGACUCCCACCAAUUCCCCUCCAGUAUCAGCCCCUCCUAGCUCCACUCCCCCCGCAUCAGAGCCCCAAAACCCCACCAUCAAAUCUGAGGUCAUGCCCUCCUCCCCUGUUGUCAUCCAACAAGUCCAGAGCUCCAUGGUCUUAAUACAGCAGUCACAACAGUCGGCAGCACUGACCACCCAGCCGGGCCCACCUCUCAGACCUAGCCCCACAAACUCCCCCAGUCCCAUCCAAAACAAGGCUCAAGGCCGGGAGUCACCCAAGGGCGUCUCCGUGGACCCACCCAUCCAGAAGAAGACCAAUGGGAAUCCAGCAAGUAACGGCAAUGGCACUUUCCACAAGGAUAUGGUCAUAGAGGAGCUGCAGAAUAACCCGGACAAGAGUAAAAAUAGAGCGUUGUCAAUAAAGGCUGCAGAGAAGGAAUGGGAGGAGAGGAGGCAGAACAUGGGCCACUACGACGGAAAAGAGUUUGAGAAAAUUCUUCAGGAGGCUCAGGCAAACAUGAUGAAAGGAAUUCCUAAUCUUGAAGUGGAAGAGAAGCAGGCAAUUCAUCCUGCUGCUCCAGUGGAACAACCAAACACUCCCAACACUGUAGAAUCUUUAACAGAAGAGUUGAAGCCUGAAAAUUACAUAGAAAAGCCUGGCAAAAAAGCACCUGAAAAACUUCCCAAGCCUUCCAAGCCCACAUUGGAAAGAUCAUCCAGAGUGAACAGUGAUCAGCCUCCUUUGAUGAGACAAUCAUCUAAAGACAAUAGCACCAAGACUGGAUCUGAGAAGGUCAACAAGUCCCCUCCACCUCCCCCUCCCCGAAAAACCUUCUCCACCAGCCCCACCUCAGGCAUGACCACUGCCCGCUCUGGAGAGGUGGUCUUCACACGCAAGGAGUCCACAUCAACACAGGAGGUUGAGGAAGAGCCUCCACCUCCAUCACCCCAACCAAGGUCACCCAAAGUUCCCCUGGAGACCAAACCGAAGCCAAGCACCCCUCCCCCUGCUACUCCUCCCAUCACUCCCCCAGCCCCAAAAGAGGAGGAAGACGAGGGGGACAAGAUCAUGGCAGAGCUCCAGGUUUUCCAGAAGUGUUCAAAUAAAGAUGUAGAGGUGAAAAAUGUGAUUGAACCCACACCUCGUAUUGAGCCUCAAAUCAGGGAGCUAAGAACGGGGACGAUAUUGCCCCUAAAAGAUAAAAAGACAACAGAGCCAAAACGGGAGGAGAAAGAUCCAGAAACGGAUGAAAAUGGCAAUACUACACUUCGACAAAGCCAAGGGGUAAUUUACUACGUCACCGGACAGAUUCCCAAAGAACCUACCCCAACGGGACAAGAGGAUGCCCCUGAACCCCCGCGAGAGCCCCUCCCGCCUCCAUCUCAGGUCUCAAAUGUCAAUGUUAAUUCCGGUUCUUCAGAACAACAGCAGCAGCAACAACAACAGCAGCAUCAGCAGCAGCAGCAGCAGCAACAACAACAGCAGCAGCAGCAGCGACCAAAGUCACCCAAGUCACCUACAUCACCUCCACCCAUUUCUCCAAAACCGGUCGGACUGAACGGAUUCAAACUUCCUCGGAAAAACAUGAGGCGCUCCGAAUCCAUGAAGACAAGUACCGAAAUGGAGAAGGGAAAUUUGCGCAACAAAAUAAACAGCGAAAAGAAAAAAGAAAAAAUUGUUCAAGAACAUAAACCUAUCAUAACCGAGUCUUUAUCGGUUGUGAAGAGUGAUAAGGAGAUAACAGCAAGGGUGGUUAACGUGGACAGAGCGCCCGCUAAAGGUCAUUUUGAGGAGAUGAACGAAGACGCCAGUCUUAGCCCGGAUUUGCCAGGAGAAGAAGCCCCUCCACCACCUGAUAACAUCGCAUUUAAGAUCACCAACUCCAAAGUUCAGCCCUUAUCCACUGGGGAAUACCAGGAAUUGGUGAAUGCGAAAAAGGGCAGCGUACAAACUGUAACCGUAGGCAACGCAGCAAGCAAACCCAACUCACCUGUGGAUUCUGACGCUCCACAGGAUAACGGCUUCAACAAGAAACCAGUUAUAAUAAUAUUCGAUGAGCCUAUGGACAUCAGGUCAGCUUAUAAAAGACUGUCCACUAUCUUUGAGUGCGAGGAGGAGCUGGAGAGGAUGCUAGCAGAGGAGACAAUAGAGGAGGAGAGCGAAGAGUCAGAUAGUGAAAAGAGAGGUGGGCAGCAGGCAAAAACUGGGGAUGUGGUAGAUGGCAAAAAGUCUGGUAUGGACUUAUCUUCAUCAUCAUCAUCCUCUAUCAGUGAAAUAUCAGACAGUACUGGGAAUCUAGAAUCAGGUGGGGACGGUAAGGAUGGCAAGAAAAAAUUCAAGUUUAAAUUUCCCAAGAAACAACUGGCAGCUUUGACUCAAGCGAUCCGAACAGGGACAAAAUCUGGGAAGAAGACGUUACAAGUGGUUGUUUACGAAGAUGAGGAGGAAUCCGAUGGUACGGUUAAACAGCACAAAGAGGCGAAACGAUUUGAGAUUUCACGUUCCAAAUCUUUAGCAGAAAGGUCAUCGCCGGCCCUGCCACAGCUCAAAAAGCAGAACUCUGAAUCUCAAUGCCGCACGGAUGAGAUUCGUAAGAACACGUACAAGACGCUAGACAGUUUGGAGCAGACUAUUAAACAACUGGAGACCACCAUAAGUGAGAUGGGGCCUCUUUCGCCGGAUGAUAUUGCUCACGCUGAGGAGAGUAACGGCAAAGGCAAGAAAUCAGAUACAAGUUUGAAAAGAUCUACGUCACUACCUACUUCUAAAGCCCCUGGCCCAAAGGUACCACUGAAAAGCGCACUGAAGAAACCUAAAGUCCUCCCCCGCCCUGUAGUCACCCCCACAACCGACACCGCCAGUACUACAACUUCUACUACCACUACUACCACUACUACUACAUCAUCCGACCCCAGUGAUCCCAGUGCCCCCUGCUCCAUACAACAGAAUGCCAGUGUCGCUUCCCCAACUAGUCGGAUGCCCGUCCCUUUGUCCGCGAAGUCCAGGCAGUCGUCCGCAGAAAAAGCAGGAAAACAGCAAAAACUGCAGGACGCACAAAGGCAGUUCCGACAGGCUAACGGAAGUGCUAAAAGAGUGGGAGGGGAUCAUAAAACCACUUCCCAGACUGUACCUGUGUCUAAAAUCCCUGCUUUUUAUCCUAGCUCUACUAAAGGCAGCUCCCAGUGUGCGCCGGACCAUGCCACUAACAACACUAACUCCUUUUCCUCCUCAUCUUCAUCCUCUGUUACCAUAACCAAGUCCUCCAUGUUGCCUGCCCGCUCCAGCUCGCUCCCCCACCCCACCUCACACAUCCCCUCCCUGUCUAACGGAUCCCUCAAACUCUCCUCCUCCUCGCAGCACACAGGUAAAUCUCUCUCGUUCUCCACGCAGAAUGGGCGAGUGCACCCCUCUUCCUCCUCCUCCUCCUCUUCCUCACCCGUCUCCACCCCCUCCCCUCUGUCGCCCACCCCUCUGGGCCCGGGCGGGAAGAGCAUCCGCACCAUACACACACCGAGCUUCAACAGCUACAGGGCGCACAACGGCAGCAGCAGCGGAAAGUCCUGCAUCCCAACCGCCGCUAAGGACACUGCCUAGCCCCGCCCACCAUGGUAGUCACAUCACAUCUUUCAUACACGUUUUUGUGUUGUGUUUUUUUUUUAUGCACUUCCUGUAUUUUGACACUGGCCCUGUCACUUAAUCUGUGGUUUCAACUUCCGCUUGCAAGAUAUUUUAGUCAUAGAAUCUUGUUGCCACUAUAAAAGUUGUCUGGUUUUAAAAAAAUCUAUUUUUCUUGAUGUAGCAAAAUGAAUAGGGACUUGAUGUACAAUCAUGUGUAAAAUGAGUUUUAUUUUUCAAAACAGAGGUUAGAUAACCAUAGUAUAUUUAAUCUUAUAUAUUUCCUAUUUUGCUUUAAAACAACCCUUGUAAAUGCCUUUUUAUGAAUGUAUACAUGCAUAAAGUAUACAGUCAUUUUAAUCUGUUUUUGUGUAGUAUUUUGUAUCAUUGUUGACCCAUUGGAACUGCCAACUUAUAAUCAUAUUGUACUGGUUUAAUGAGUAAUACAAGUCUAAUACAAGUUUUCAUUUGUGUGCCUAUUGCCAAAACUUGUACAAUUACUCUCCAGUCCUGAGAUUUAGGGGAAUUUACAAGCACUCUAGUGUGUACUGGAGCAUACACACUGCAGGUCUAAGUGAACGUGUUGUUGUCUCUGUGUAAACUGUACUAAACAAAGUGAAACAUAUAUCAGCUCUGCCAUUUGUACAUAGAUGCUUGUACUAAAAGAUGAGUAGUUUUGUUAACAUACCAAAGUUUAUUUGUAUGCAUGCCUUUCAAAUACUUUUAGGAGAGUGGUGUAAAAGAAUAAUGAUGUUUGCACAAAUAGAUUUUUGUAAAUAUUUGGUCUUUUUUGUAAAGCUUUAAGAAUCAUACCUUAAAAGAAACAUGGUUAAGACAAAACCGGAGUAGCAAAAAUAAAGACAUGUGCAUGCUUGUAA